GAGGAGCUUUGCAAUUCGAACGUUGCCUACCAAGCACUAAUACCAGUUCAGAAAUCUGAUUUUGACCACACUUUUUAAGUCUAAUUUGAUCUCUUAUUCUGUAUACUCCAUGCUUGACAUCAUGUUUCUGAACUAGAUAACUUCGUAUUUUGUGCAGACUUAUCUCUCGUUUUCUAUUCUCUAUACUUCUAAAGUACCCCGAAUUUUCCUCGGCAUAAAAAUAAAAGAUUUGUUACUGCAAAUUCAAUAUAAAAAAAAAUGCCUCUACGAAUAACACGAAAGAACUUCGAAUUAGCAUCAAAAUGGACUCCAACUGCAGUGGCUUAUGGAACUGGUGCAUGGUUAUCACUGUUGUACUUUACAGACUGGAAAGCAGUGGUGCGAUAUAUUCCAUUCUAUGGUAGCAAAUUUCAAGAAUAAGUUACAAGAGAUCACUCAAUAAGAUUAUGUAAUAGUUUUAUUGGAACGAUAGAGAUUCUAUUGUACCAUGCUAUAUUUAUAUUUGAUCUGUUUAUUUAAAUUAUAAGGUAUUAAUAAAGAAACAUAUGAAGGUCAAACUGAUG